CAAAUGAUUUAUUAUGAUGUUUUGGCAAUUACAUUUUUCAAGGAUAUUUUCUUUAUUUAUACAAAACAUGCACUUAAAAAGCCAUCAACCACCUGAUAGCAAUUAUGUUAAUUAUGAAGUUUGUAUCAUAACCAGCACUUCUUCUGUAUGUUUACCACCUCUAUGUUUCAGUAGCAUAGAUGCAGAUAUUUUUAAACCCAAAAGACACACACAAGAAGGAAAAGAAAGAAUAAAAUACUAUAAUCCCAGAACAUUAUGGACAAUGAAAACCCAACACACUCAGCCACAACCAUCAUUUCUACCCUCAUAACUUUGUUUUCAAAGGAGAAACCCAUUAAAACUAUCUUUAUGUCUAGGACAGUAAUGUGUGUCCUUAAAGCUGGUGCAGAACCAAGGCAUCCGGUUUAUUAAACCAUCUCAACAGAGUUCAUUACAGAGAAAUUAAAAGGGUAUGUAGAGGUGAAAAGUAAAGGGCAUAUACGCCAUCUAGUGCAGGCACACAGGAAGCACAGUAUACUGCUGAAUAGAAGUCAAAGUGGUAGGAGUCUUCUGUUUGCAGGCUUAUUUAAAGACUUUUUAAGACCAUUUUAAUACCACAUAGGGUGUAAUUAUAUAUAGGUCAUACCAGGCAAACUUUGGAAGAUAUCAAUGAAAACCAGUGGGGAUCAUGUGGCCUAGAAUUAUUUACCAAGUGCAUGAUUUUAUUGACAUUAUAUCACAGUUUUGUAUGUAACACUAAUUCUAAUUCUAUAAUUGAUUAUUUAACAUUAAGUAAGGUUUACACAUGAAUUUGACAUAACAUCAAAGGUUUCGCUCAAUGAUACUGGAAAAUCACAUACAAAAACACAAGCUAUUUAACACCUUUGUUGAUGAAUGAAUGCUCUCAAAGACUUUUCAAGACCUACAGAUGCCCUGUUUGAAUUCAUAUGCCUCUGCUACUGCUUUAAUCAUUCCAGAAAUAUUAUCUAUUUCAACUUAACAAAUGUAAAUAAAAUGGAAAAUGGAAAUUUUUAAUUUUAUUUUCAUUCACGUUGCCAAACAUAGUGUGAUCGUUCAUUCAACUUGUCUAAUAAUGUAACUUUUAUUUUGAAUGUACGGAGCUUCGUACUUCCUUCUGCCAAUUUGAACGUGGAGAGGAAGACGAACCUGGGUCGUCGUCUGCCGACGAAAGGACUUCGCGGUGAAGUAAACAAACAGAAAACAAAAUGAACACAGUCGAAAAGAAACUGGCGGACCUGAUACGUGAACACCCGAAUCUGUACGACCAGUCACGGCGGGAUUACAAAGACAGUAUUAAGGGGCACUUGUCGUGGAAAGAAAUCGCAGACGCCAUGGGGAAGUCGGAAGAAGAGGUGAAGCUGAAAUGGAAAAAUCUGCGCGACAAGUUCUGCAAAGCGAAGAAGCGAAUGGCGAAGAGAACCGACCCUCUGGACGACGACGAGAACACGGUGGAGAGGCCCGUCCCGGUGCUCUACAACCAGCUGGGCUGGCUCAGCGCCUAUGUCAAACUCAAAGUAGAAAAAAACAUGGGAGAAACCAAAGAGGUAUCUGGAGGUGGAGAUAACAAGGAGAAAGAAAAAGAUAAAGAUGAGAAGGAGCAGCAUGGUCCCCUGCCUGUCGUUAGUACCAGUGUUUCUCCUGCUGAGUCCUGUCCAACCAACAAUCAGGAGGUGGGAGUCUCUCUUAAACGAAAAAGGCAAGCAGCCACAGAAACUGAGAUAAGUUCUGCAGAUCCCCUAGCUGUCAGAGAUGAAGACGAACUGUUUCUGCUCAGCCUUCUGCCCUCACUGAAGAGGCUUACCAUUAAAAAAAGGAUGGAGGUGCGGAUGAAAUUCCAGCAAGUGCUUUAUGCUGCAGAGUUUGAAGCAUCAGAGCUCAAAGGGCAAUAAAAAUGGUAGGGUAAGGGUUGUUUUGCCAUAUGUAAGAUUUAUGAUUCAUUCAACUUGUAAAUAGAUUGUUUUUUAAACAGUUAUGACUCAUUAAUAUUUAUUAUUGGUGCACUAUCCCUGUUAAAAUAUAUCAAAAUAUAGAUCUAGUGGACCAUUUAUCAAGCGCUUUGUCUCUGGGUUUAAAAACAGACAACAUGUAUUUAAUCUUGAAUUAGAGGAUGGAGCUGAUUAUUUCAUACUAGUUAAAACACACAGAUGCCACAGUUACACAAUAGUUAAACUCAUUAACAUUAUCAAUGUUAUUGUUGCCAGAUAAAUCCUGUACACAGUACUAUCUCUCAUUACCCAGAGUUUCACAAGAUAAAUUUAAUUGAAACAUUUUUAAAUGACUGCAAAUGUGAAUACAGUUAUUUUUGAGUUAUGGUUGUGGCUGUGUUCCAGGGUGAGAACAUAUUAACUUUUAUCUCUGCUUUUUUUUUUUUUUUGCUUUUUCCAUGUCAUUUUAUGCCACGUCAUUUAUGCUGACUAAACCUAAACCUCCCCCCAACUAGAAUCAAAAUGCCGUUAAAGGACACAUGAAAAGCUGAAAAUGCGUAGAUGUGGCAUGCAGAGCGUUCAUGAUGAUUCAUUGCACACGCGGUAGAUUCAUACAGCAAUACGCAGAUGCUUGUCAAUGCUUCCUCAAUCAUUGCAAAUAAUUUUUGUAAAUUAGACAAUGCUCGCUGACUGUGCAUUCAUAGCUCCCCUUUUAUCUUACUGAAUGGAGUCAUUCUGUUGUAUAUAUUUUACAAAUAAAUAUUUUCUUGCUCCUG